UCCUUUUGUCCCAUCUGUCGUGUGAAGGCUUUCGAUGGUAGCUAUGCACUUGAGCGCUGCUGGAACGCGCUCGUCAUGAUCACUUACAUUCUCCUCCUCUCCCGGCAAGGGAAAGUCCGUCUGUCGAAAUGGUUUACCACCAUGCAACCUAGAACCAAAGCUAAAAUUGUCAAAGAUGUCACGCAGUUGGUGCUUGCUCGCAGAGCUAGGAUGUGCAACUUUAUCGAAUACAGAGAUACCAAAGUGGUCUACCGUAGAUACGCAUCGUUGUUCUUCAUCUGUGGGAUUAGCUCGUCGGACAACGAACUUGUGACACUGGAAAUCAUACAUCGAUACGUGGAGGUGCUGGACCGAUAUUUUGGAAAUGUGUGCGAACUAGACUUGAUUUUCAAUUUCCAGAAAGCAUACGCGAUCUUGGACGAACUCAUAAUCGCAGGUGAACUUCAAGAAUCGUCAAGGAAGUCAGUUUUACGUAUGGUAACGCAGUCGGACAGUGUUGAAGAGGAAGAAAAAUCGAAUGAUAUCAUGACCCGUUUAGGUUCGAGACUGGGCGGUUGAAUGACCACCGCUGGUAGACUGUAUUUCAAUAUUUUGUAUACUUACUCUCGAUUAUUGUCAGGAUCUGCGCAACUUAACUAAUCCCCAACGGCAAUUGUAAAAUGGAAGUCGAGAGUCGCUGCGAUGUAUUAAUAUUGUAGUGUAAUGCAUGUAUGCAAUAUACGCCGGGGGAGCACGAAUAAGGCAUCUACGUCCUUCCGAG